CAGAUCAACAGAGGGUUCCAGCAGCCAGGAAGAGAUGGAAAAAUCAGAUGGGGGUUCCACUAGCCAAGAAGAGAUGGAACAAUCGAGCACUUUGCAAUCCCUGCCAGACCUUGAGAACUUGCACAUAGACCUUCUAGAUGAAAAGGUGGAACUGCUAAUCAGUUUCCUGCUGCAAAAGUAUCAAAUGAGAGAGCCAGUCACGAAGGCAGACAUGAUUGGUAAUGUUGUCAAAGAGUACAAGGAUGACUUCCUUGAGAUUCUCAGGAGUGCCUCUGAGCGCAUGGAGCUGGUCUUUGGCCUUGAUGUGAAGGAAGUGGAUCCCAUCAGCCAUAGCUAUACCCUUGCUAACAAGCUGGAUCUCACCUACAAUGGAAUGCUGAGUGAUCAACAGGGCAUGCCCAAGACUGGCCUCCUGAUAAUUAUCUUGGGAGUGAUCUUCAUGAAGGGGAACUGCGCCACUGAGGAGGAAGUCUGGAAAGUGCUGAAUAUGAUGGAUAUAUAUUCUGGGAGGAAGCAUUUCAUCUUUGGGGAACCCAGAAGGCUCAUCACCAGUGAUUUGGUGAUGGAAAAGUAUCUGGAGUACCAGCAGGUGCCCACUAGUGAUCCCCCUCGCUAUGAAUUCCUGUGGGGUCCGAGAGCCCAUGCUGAAGUCAGCAAGAUGAAAUUGCUGGAGUUUUUGGCUAAGAUCCAUGGGACCAACCCCAAGAGCUUCCCAUCUCAGUAUGAGGAGGCUUUGAGAGAUGAGGAAGAGCGAGCCCGAGCCAGAAUUGAAGCUACGGCUGGCACAAGUGCCAUGGCCAGUGCAAGUUCUGGUUUCUCCCACCCUUACUGAAGACUGAGGCAGCCUCUGCACUUUGUUCUUGAAAAGGGAUGUCAAUGUUUGAAACAGUGGAAGGCUGGAGUGGGAUUAGGGGGAAAAAGUAGAUAAAACCUGUGUGUUCUUAUAUUUCACUGUAUUAGAAAUUUACCUUUUUGGCAUUUUUCAUUUUUUUUUCUUUUAACAAGAGGAUUUAUGAGCGUUAAGAAUGUAAGUUUAUGAAUGACAUUGUUUACACAUCUAUUACUGUUCCUCAGAUUUAACAGUAGGAGAUUUGUUAUUCUGUAAUAAAUGGAAACCAGGAAUUUCCUUGGAAAUUUCUAAGAAUGCAGCAGUAAGAUAGUUGGAGUCAAU